CGGAGUUCUAAUUUCUUUUUGCUGAUCACCAGUCGACUAGCCCCAGUCAGUUUGUCAACAGGCUGCUCGAUGAUACCUGACCUCUGUUGGUCAAUCGUUCUAAUUCAGCGUUCACUUUAGGUUCCAUAGCAAGUGGUACACGACCAGGUGAGCAGGUAACAGGUGUAACCUCAGUAUUCACUUUAAGUUCCAUUGCUAGCGGUACAUGACCAGAUGAGCAUGAAGCUGGUGUGACCCCAGGAUUCACCCCUGGGUGUACGAUUCCAGGUAAGUAUCCCUGCUGGUCGUCAAAUCUGUCCUGGAAAUGUUCCAAUAUUUUAAGGGAACAUGAUAUCUUGGAUAAAUACACAUCGAUCUUAUCGACUCUUUCAAAAUUAUGGUAAUUAACAGUUCUAUAAGCCCCUAUUUUUCUUCCCUAAUAGUGGGGUCAGGUUAUUUCACACGACGAUGAAAUCAACACAGUAUAUAUUCUUCGUUCUUGGAUUUUGUAGAGUUAAUUUUACUUUCCCAAUAGGCGAGAGUGUGCUUCCAUCAUAAACACGGAGUUUAGUAUUGUUGGGAGUGACUUGAGCUGUUUUGAUGAGCUUACUCGGACUCACAUUAACGCUGGCACCCGAGCCAAUCUGACACACUGUUGUCUCCCCAGCAAUGAUCAUCUCAGCUUUUUAUGACCUUAUUAUGUUGUUUGCUCUUCACAGAAAGCACGGUUUCCUCAUUUAAAGAUAACGACUAGCAAUCAUCACUAUUGUAGAUUCUUCUGGUUACAUUUAGUAGCAAAAUUAUUUCUUUGCUGACAGAUUUUUGCCUACUUUGCCUCAUGGAGGACACAAUUAUUUGUUGAAGAUGUGUAUCUGUCCACAAAAUUUACAUUUAGACUGCGUGUUCAUUUGACCGGUGUUGUCUUUAUGGUCUCCCCAUGUCAGACAGAACUGCAUAGGCCUCGUCUAGACGCUCCUUAGGCAGUGUUCUCUUCUAAAAUUUAUAAUUGAACGUUAGUUGCCUCUUGGGUUCGACAUAUGUCUAUACACGUCGCCAGAGUCAGUUUCGUUCCUUGCAAAAAUUCUCUCCUGUUACCAUUGUCUUUUAUGCCCACCACAAUUCUGUCUCUCAGCAGUGAGUCUACCAUGUGGUCGCAAAAAUUUUACUUCUUAGCUAAUGCGUGUAGUACUGCAAUAUAGUCCUCAUAGGUUUCAUCCACUUUCUGCUUACUAUUAUUAAAAACACACUUCUCAAAUGUCUCAUUGCUCCUUCCCACGAAAUGAUCAGCAAACGCACUUAUGACGUCAUUUACAUUGUGCUUUUUCUGUCAGAGGCAUGCCAUUAUAUAUUGUCAGUCCAUCUGGUCCUAGGGUGUGUAGGAAUACAGCGUGUGUGUCUAACUCACCCUCUGUGUUUAUGUGUGCCACAAUACAGUAGUUCCUUCACAUUUGUUUGAAAAGUUUCCAUUCCUCACAUCCUUUCGUUACAUUUAAAGAACGUGGAAGAUGUACACUAGGCUUAUUAUAAUUUCUCUCUGCCAUAGUCUCAAUAGGCUGAUACCAUGUUAUAUCUAGUAAUAAUAUGUCUAGCACAAGGAAAGCUGACACCUCUGCUCAGUUUCGUGUGUAGAUGUUUAAUGACCAGCCACAAGCAAAACAACAUGGCCUCUCACGUCUUAAUUCAAGAACAUCGGGCAUCAAGGAUUGGUAACGACAAAGAGAAGCAACUGUGAUACAAGGACAACACAACAAAUACUAUACUAGUAUACUAGUAUAUUUUACUACUCUUUGCAUAAAAUUUUAAAAAUUAAUUAAAUUAGCUGUUUUUUAAUAUAGUGGUUUGCGUUAUUCUUGUACCCCAUUUUAAUUUCAUGGAUUUUCCUCGACCUCUCCUCAACAUGAAAUAAAUUAUUUUAAUUAUUAUUUUAUUUUUUUCCUUAAUUUUUUUUUUAGUUGUUUGCUCACGCUGAAGAAGUCUUUCUGCCAACACGUCCUUUGUUUGUUUCGUGUUGUCCUUUUUUUUUCAGGUUUACUCUUCUUUGGUAGUUAUUUCCUUUUACUUUUACUUUACUACCCUUACUCCUAUUACCUACUCUCACUCCCCCUCCACCACCCUAUUUUUUUUUUAUAUUUAUCCUUUGCUUUAUUUGAGAUCUUAAAUAUUGCAUGUCUCAAAAUACUCAGAUUAAAAAUGAAUUAGCUGUAGUGAUAUAUAUCAUUGAUGAACUCAUUUGAUCUCAUUGUCAUUGACACACGUGGACAACAUAAUAAAAAAAUAAAAAUCAGAAUUAUCUCUUUUUCUCCGUCCAAGUCUAACGAUGUGCAUGUGACUGUUUGUCAUGUGACUUGUUAAACUGAUAAACUCAUGUAUAAAUAGCAAUUACAAUCAUGUGAUUUUCUUCCUAGUGAAAAUGGCGAUCGGACUCACUUUCACUGUGGCCUUCUGCAGUCUUUGUAAGUUUCAAGUCAAAUUAUUAUUGAUUUGUGAUGUAUAUUAAAUAUACACUAUACAGUGUUGUAAUACUUUUUACCUUCACAUAACUUGAGUAAAAAAAAAUGCAUUUAAGUUUAGUCUGACUAGUAGUAGAAGUAGGCUUAGUAGGGUAUACCAGAAGUAGUAAGUAGGUCUACAACUCUACAUGAUGACUAAAACUAAAACUACCACAAAAGUCAAAUUUGACAAACUAAAUACAGUUAUAUUCUAAUGUUUAAAUAUUAUUUCAACUAUUUUAAUUUAGUUAUUUCUAGUAUGGUAACUGAUAUUAAAAAGCCAAAGUAUAAAAAAGUUUUGUCAAAAUUUAAAGUAAAGAUAAUUAACUAAUUAUGGACAGGAACAUCCUAGUUCUUAGAGUUAGAUAGAGCCUAAACUAAAUAUAAACAAAAGUACCCGUAACACUUUUAUUGUUACUUUUACUGCUACAUUUCUACUUCAUCAUACUUUAUGAUUAAAUGGUGCUAAUUUUUUAAAUUUUAACAAUGAAAAUGUCAAACAAAACACACUAGGCCAGCUAGAUUUUGUAACAAGUCAUACGUUGAGUAGGACCAAUGUUAAUGGAUUGUCAUUGUUACUUCUACAAGUCAUUAGGGCAAAUUGAUGGAUAAUCUUAGAAGUAAUAGUACUACUAUCGUUACUUCUUACAUUUACCAGUACUUACAAUCUUUAAUAAAAUUUACCAAGACCAAACCUACUCAACUCUAACUCUGUUUACUUGUAGUCGACUUAUACUUAAGUAACUUAUAGUUAUAGGUACCGGUACAUUUUUUUUCUUCCAGUUGCUGCAUUUCAAGCAAUAGACCCACCAGUUUACAAAGACACAUACAAAGCUGAAGGAUUUAUACGUUUGCCUUAUGCUGAGAUUGUGGAGCCUUUUAUAGCUUUUCUUGACACCCCAAACUCUCGCAGCAGGGUAGACUAUUAUGAUGGUAAUUCUUAUUUGUUAUGAAUGUUAUUUAGCCAUUAUUAGAGCAUCAUGCACAAAAUUAAUAAAUUUUGUCAUUGAAAGGCAACAUAAACUUACCGAAUAAUUUAAAACAAAUUUAAAAAAAAAUAAAGACUCAUUACUCAUUUACUGGAUUGUUUAAUAAAAUGCUCUUGGUAUUUUAAAAGAAUAUAAAAUGUCUUUAACUAUUAAAAUUUAUUGUGGGUAUAUCUGUCCAAUUCUGAAUGUAUACUGUCACACAAACAUUUAAUUUUCUGUUAAACCCCAUCUCAUAGGCAUUCAGCGCACCAUCCAGUAUAGCCAAGCUCCUGGCCUCCCCUUUGGCACCAACCUUAAAGUUGUCCCCUUCACCACACAGUCGGUCUACAACAAGGUUUCAUGUUUCCAAGUAAAUGGGACAAACGAUGAUCCUGCAACACUGACCACCAUUUUACCAGAUCUUACUGGUUUCACUGUAAAUAAAUUUGAGAUCUAUCAUAUAAUCAUGAAUGUAUGUGCUUAAUGUGUGAACCCCUGGCCUAUUGGAAAUUUCAUCCUGUGACUUUCCAGCUUAAGGAAAAUAAGUUCAUAUGCACAUCACUGUAGAUUUAUUUGGGAAAAAAAAAAAAAAAAUUUCAAUUUUGUGCCUUGACAUAGACAUAAAUUGUUUCUAGAAAUGGUUUCUUGUUAAUGAUUUGUUAAUUUUUAUGAUUGCACAUUUGUUUCGUUGUUUAAAUUCUUGCAUAUUCAACACAUAUAUGAAGCUCUCUUGCUCAUUCUUGGUAAUCUUAGUCAUAAACAGCCUGAGACUUUGGUUCUAAGGGCAUGCGUUUCACUGUUGUACAGCAAUGAGCAGAUAUUGUAGUGUGUGAUUGGUUUAAGACAGUUAGUAGUUGGAUUCAGCCUUUACAGGAUCAAAUGGUUUACUGACCUUUAUGAGAAAGGGGGUACAUAACACAUCUACGGGUUAGGUUAUGAUGGAUUAUGAACUUUAAAUUAUUGACAUUAAUUAUUAUCUAAUGGCAAUAUAUAGUAUCAUGUUCAUUAAGUCUUUGUUCUUAAUGUAUAAGUUAAAUGAAAGGGUCAGAGUAAGACUGUUACACUGUAUGGUUAUGUAUAAUUAAGCUUUCCUGAUAAUAUCAGUGCAAUCUUGUUAGUAGAAAAUACAAUUUUGAGCAAAGAGGAUGUCUCUAACUCUAAUUCAUUGCUCACCAGCAUUUUUAACCAUUAUUGCCUUACAGUAUUUAGGCCAACAAGUUCUUGAUGGUCGAAGGGUGGAAUCUUUCCAAAAAGUGGUGACAGACGGCCAAAAAGUAAAGUAUAUUUUUCUAUUUUAAUGAAAACUUAAAAAAAAAAUAUUAAUUACGAUGUAAUGUACUCAAAUUAUUUUUUUACUGCAGUUACAGUAGGCCUACUUCCUAGAAUUGCAAGAAACUAAUUUGGAAUUUUUCACUUUACUGUACUAAGAGUUGAAACUCUUUAAGACAAUCUAGAAUCUAGAUUUAUAUGAAUAUUUUAAUACAGUAUAUGGUAUUACUAUGUAUCUUGUACUUUCCUUUAUGUUAUUUAAAUAGAGAGUAAAUUUCAGUGUAUAACUACUUUAGUUCCUUUAUUGCAGAAUCAUUCUUUCCGUCUCAGAUGUUUUCUUGCUUAAAUAAAGAGCUAUCUUACAAUACCUGGUAUACAUGGUUCAUAUUUUUUUUAAUCUGAACAAUGCAACCAUGCUUUGGUGACGAUGUAUUGGUUCUUUAACUUUAAUUCUCAAGAGAAGUGUCACCGGUACUGUAUUUAUUAUUUUUUGUCCACUUUAACAUUUUAUUCAAAGUUCUUUUUAAACGACUACCCUCAGGUCAGCACAUACACUUUCUGGGCAACAGAAACGGAUCACUUUCCAGUGCGUUAUGAAAUGAUGGGAUACGACUCUCUGCUUGGGUCACAUUUUGAUAAAUAUUAUGUUGAUUACGUGAGAUGGGAAUCUCCUGCCAGGUUCUCAAAUGAAGAUUUUGCUUUGCCAAGAAGUGAGUUUCUAUUUUACAUGUUUGAAAGUAACACUUUAUAACAACACCAUGAAUUUUAACUUGGGUAUUGUUCAAAACAAAGGAAAACAUAUGAUAUUAAUAUAUUAACAAUCACAUAUUCUCGAAGUAGAAAAUUAAGUGUAGAAUCUAAAAUACCUCUUAACUUUAUGGUUUUAUCAGACAUAUGCUUUACCUAGUUGAUAUGAAAAAUAUUGUCAAUUUAGGAGACAAUUUCUUAUAAAAUUUUUGAUAUUUGGCAAAUAUUCUAGCCAACUGGACAUGAUAUGUUCAGAUCUUGUCCCUUGUUACUCUUAUUGGCUGAAAUAAUCAUUCAUACCGCAGUCUCAGAAGCUUUUUCAUUUCACCACACUCGGCAAUGAUGUAAAAGUUUCACAAUGAAUUUUAAAUAGGUUUUUGAUGAAAUUUAUUUUAUAAAUUACAAGUACCAUUAAUAAUAACUUAAAGAACUUUUUUUUUUAAUCUCAUCCAAUUUGUAACAUAAUUGUUGAUAGUUAUGUUGGUCUCUUCUUUAUGGUUAUAACAUCACAAAUAUAUUGACAGAUCUAACCUGCCAAGGUUUCCCCGGACCUGGCGCCGAGCAUGUCAUUCUGAUGAACCCCAUUCGUGAAUAUGUCCACCACCACGAUGGCCAUGUCCAUGAAGGGUUUGAACACUUCAAGAGAGCUCAUGGUAAGGAGUACAAGCAGGAUGAGCAUGACUCUAGGAAACAUGUCUUCAGACAAAACCUCAGGUAAAUUAUAAUGUUUGAUAAGCCCUAGACGUAUUAUGCAAUAGCUUUAUAUCCACUGGAGGAUUUAACAAAUAUCUUUCUGGUCAGUGAAAUUUAAAAGAAAAUAAUUUUAUGAAAUUCCAUUGUAUCAACUCCUGGAUAUUUUUGCUUUUAUCAUUUGAAAUAAUUUAAAAAUAAAAAUGACAUUCUUCUUCACUUUUUAUUUAGUAUAUUGUUUCUCAACUGAUGAACACUUUUGCAGAUAAUCUAGCUAUCUUGUUUUGUCUCAAAUGACUUUUUACGACACCUCACAUUUUGUUAGCUUAUUGAUCAUUUAUUGCAUUUCAAUCCACAAAAAAUAAAUAUAGCUUAAUAUUUUUAUUUUGCUAAUUUUCCCUGAAAUUCAAUCUAAUUAAACGAAAAAGUAUUUAUAAAUAGUAUUUUAUUUUUCUUAAUUAUUCAGUGGAUUUUUUUUUCCCCCAUAUUCAGAUACAUUCAUUCUAAGAACAGAGCGGGGCUUUCAUAUACAAUGGCAGUGAACCACCUGGCAGACCGCACAGACAAAGAGAUGAAAUCUCUACGAGGCUAUCGCUACAGUCACGGGGACCACGGUGGCCAGAAGUUCACAUUGGCUGCCAUGAACAAGCAGGAUGUGCCAGACCAGUGGGACUGGAGACUCCUGGGUUAGUUUUACUUGGAAGUGGAAGGAUGCUUUAAAAAAAUUUAUAUACCUCAAGCAGAUUUAUUUCAGUUAUCAAUUCUUUUGAAAUAAAAUUAUCUUAAAAUAUAUUAAAAUUCUUAUUACAGCUAGUGCUAGACUUAAGACCACAAUCGGUUCCAACAGACCGGUCGUAACACGAUUCGGUCGUAAGUUGAUUCGCUAUGUGUACAGUAAUGUGAAGCAAUAUUAUAAAACUAGUUAAGUUAAAUUAUAUCAUAAAUUUCUAUUAUUAUUGCUAUAAAUCAUAAUUUUCGAUGUUCACAACCAACAAUGAUUGAAGACAACGCCGUUCAACUGAUAAUUGAGGCACCAAUAAAUCUGAAAUCUAAUGCAGUAUGAAUAGUGAUUGUGGUUGUAAAGUCGAAUGGUCGUAAGUUGCAUUGGUCAUAAGUCGAGCAAUCGCUGUAAUAUAAAUCCGUCAACUUUAAAAAUUACAGUUGAGAAAAUGGAAGAAUUUAUAUAUAUUUAUUUUUAUUAUUUAAAUUCUUUGCAAGAGCUAAGGAAGAUCAUCUGUUAAAAAAAUUUAGUUUUGAGUUUUAAAGAGCGAACAAUGGAACUAUUUAUCACUGUAAUUUGUUAUUUUCUAACUACAGUGACAUAUACUUUUAGCAGUUAAAAAAAUUUAAGAUCGUCAUUGGUUUCUUACAGGCGCUGUAACCCCUGUGAAAGACCAGGCCAUUUGUGGCUCAUGUUGGAGUUUUGGAACAACAGGAACUAUUGAAGGUGCUAAUUUCCUUAAGGUAUUUUAUUCUUUAAUUUGUUUAGAGCAUAAAUUUCAAAAUCUUUAAAUAAUGGGUACUAGUAUCAUUUACACUGAGUCAAGAUUUUAAAAUAUGCAUUGCAAUUAUCAUUUUGUUCAGCAAUUUGCUUGGUAUUUGGUAAUUUUCUUUUGACUCACCUUUAGAGUAUCAUGAUAUCCCUUUCUCCUUAUGCUUUUGUGUUUACAGACUGGAAACCUGGUACGACUGUCUCAACAAGAGCUGAUAGACUGUUCCUGGGGAUUUGGCAACAACGGUUGUGAUGGUGGUGAGGACUUCAGAGCCUACAAUUUUAUUAUGCAGAAUGGUGGUCUAACAAGUGAGGAGCAGUAUGGCCAGUAUUUGGCUGUUGUAAGUGUAGCUAUAUUUCACUCUGAUUAAGUCUGAUAUACCGUAAUGUUCAUAUAUACCGGUACUAACUUUUCUAAUUCAUGUUGUCUCGAAAUGCUGACUUUGCUCUUAUUAUUUAAACAAUUAUUUAAGCAAUUAUUUAAACUUCAGGGUUCACAAAUAGGAUAAUUUUUUUUUCAAUGGGGUCUUUUUUUGGUGCUGUGCUGUAAUAUAAUUUCCCAUUGCAAAGAUAUCAGAAUAGUGUAGCAAAGUAAAUACAGGUAUAUUUAAAGUCAUGACCGUCUACAUCCCCGAUCUUGUAAAAAGGAUACAUUCUUAACAAGGUAAAAUCUACACUGCAUGUACCGGUACCACGAAACCAUAUACUCCAGAAUGCUAUUUUUAAAAAAUAAUCAUCAUCUCUAAUUUAAUAUUUGAAUGUUGCACAACUGCCACUACCUGGGUUCUGGGUGGCAGAGCGGUCUAAACUGAGUCAAUCUCAAGCUAGUGGACUGGAGUUCAAAGCCCAGAAAACACCUAGACAAGCAAACACAUCACCAGCCCCAGAUGGAUGGGACUUAUUAACUUUGAAUAGAAACUCAUCUAAGAGAAGGCAAAAUCUCAUAAGAGUUCUGACAUUGCCACAAUGAAAAUUCCGACAUCCUACUACAACGUGGUCUAUUUUCAGGCAAAGAAAAGAGAGUGAGGCUGAGGAACUGACCAGCUCUCCCUCAUUUUUAAACAAAAUACGGCUCAAGUCAAGGCUAUUAAUCAAGUCAAGGCUACUACUCAAGUCCCGAAUUGCCUUGGUCAUCUUCGGCACUGCUUAGUAUUAUGAAAUUUUCGAACUGUUUCUUGUUUUGUCCUGUCUCCUUUAAUUGUCCUGUCUCUUUUCAUUGUCCCGUCUCCUUUAACUGUCCUGUCUUUUCAUUUCAGGCUUCAACGUACCUUGUCUACCCUUUAGUAUUAUUACUGUAAUCAAGGGUCUAUUUAAGCCAUGAAUUAAAGAAGUGGGCAAUGGUAAAGAAUAAUGUGAUCACUAAGCCAGUCUCUUUUCAUGUGUCCUCCUCAGGAUAGCUUCUGCCUGAGCAAACUUGUCAAGCCUGUGGUCCAGCUGUCCAACUUCACCACAUUGCCACAGGGUGACCUGUCCUCCCUAAAGCUGGCCAUUUUCAACAAAGGUCCCGUCUCUGUUGCCAUUGAUGCCUCUCACAAGUCUCUCAGCUUCUACGCCAAUGGAGUUUAUUAUGAGCCAGAUUGCAGUGAGUAUCUCUUUAUUUCAAUUAAAUCUCUAUACCGGUAUAGUAUUUACUUUUUAACAAAAGGAAUUUCAGCAGUUUGAAUUAAAUCAGAGCCAUCGCAUGACUUUUGGAGACCCCCUGCCUCUUUAGUAUUGUGCAGCUGCAUUCAAAGUUGAUAAUUUAAAAUUUCUACCCAUCACAACCAUGGGUUCCCUGCAGCCCCAGCGUUUGCAGGGCCAACAGGACGACGUGGCUUCAACUUUUUAAAAAUGGCUUAACUCAAAAAAUUGUCACUGGUUUGAUGAAAUCUUUGCAAAACUACAGUAGCAGAGUUUUCUUAGCCAAAUAAAAAUCUUUGCAAAACUACGGUAGCAGAGUUGUCUUUUCCAAAUGAAAAAUCCGAUCUGUAUGUUCAGUAUUGGAUUACGGUGUGAAAAAUCUGUAAGUUUGAGUUUCUCUAUGUUAAUUCAUUCAUAUGUUCGUUUGUCGUAAUCUCAUUAAAAUCUAACACAAAGUCCUCUUUGAAGAAUGGCAUCAACUUAAACCCAAGUGAUCGAGCGCAAGUCGCUAGAGGAACGCAAUCCAACCAUCACACUCACCGCUCAGUCAGCAACUGCCAAAUGACAGCACGUCUAGACACUAUAUCACAGAAACAUUAAGUUACCUCAUAGACCUCAUGGCAACAAGAAAUGCUCAUCAAUGAUAUUAACACUCAAGAUACACCAGACACAAUAAGACUCCACCCACAAUAAGACACCACACACAAUAAGACACCACACACAAUAAGACACCACCCACACAAUAAGACACAACACACAAUAAGACAAACCACACACAAUAAGACACUAAACACUGUGCACAACAAUUACAUGCCCAUUUCAAUCCUCACACUGUCUGUGAAAACUCUACUAUUUUGUUGGUCAUAAGGAUUUAGGAAUUAAUUUUUAGUUUAAAAAAAAUGUAAUCAAUAUUUUCAAAGAUGACUGCUUCCACUAAUGUUUAAUUUAUUCAGAAAAUAAAAAGAAGAUCAUAUUUAAGAUAGGAAACUAUAAUAUACGGGUAAUGAUAUCAACCUUAAUGUAAAUAUUGCCACUUGCAGAGCUGCACAUCUUUGAUUACUGUACCAGAGUGAACUUUGCAUUUAGAGGUGAUAGGGACAAACUUAUAAGCUGUUGUCUAAUGGGCUAGUUUUAUAACUCCAUUUCAUCAUUAUUACUUAACAGGGAGUGACCCAGAUGGACUUGAUCACGCAGUGUUGGCUGUCGGAUAUGGAACUCUUGGUGGUCAGGAUUACUGGCUGGUUAAAAACUCAUGGUCCACCUACUGGGGCAACGAUGGCUACGUCUUGAUGUCACAGAAAAAUAACAACUGCGGCGUGGCCACAGCAGCUACUUAUGUCGAUAUUAAAUAAUUGAAUUCAGCCCAUUUUGUGAUUUAACUUUUCUUUAGGCUUUUUUUGUCGAGCUUGCACAAAUUAAAAUUUUGUUCACUAUAAGUGUAAUCAAAGUAGUUAAUUUUACCAGGACACACAUUCCAUCUUGUUACUUGCCCUAAUGUACAGCUUUCAACUGAUAAACAUUAAUCUAUUUAAAUGAGACAACUCCAAAGGUCCUCUCUUAUCAAAUAGUUUCAAAAACUGCAACGUCAUGCUGUUGUACUUGUUGCAUAAUAGUAAAGGUUUGCUUGGCUGAAAUUUUUAUCUUUUCAUGUUGUUGCAUGUGACAUUGGCCAAUUAAGUCAAGGGCAAUCAUAAUUUUGACUCUUUGCUUACCUCUGUGGGUCACAAGAUUAACAUAAGUGGUCAACAUUAAAAUGUCUGUGGUUGAAUGGAAGGAUGCAGUGAUAGUUUAUUUGAGCUCAACAUUGCUUUCUUUCAGAAAUCAAUUUCAUGUUUGUUAAAAAUACUUUAUAUUUUAAAUAAAAUCAUUUAAAACCCAAGUGCAAGUUAUUGAUUCUUUUUUUUAUUAAGGACUGUUAUUAAAUGGUGAGGCUUGGGAGAUAAAAGAAUAUUUGUUGAAAAGGAUAUUAUGCUUUUAAUUUAAUUAUACAAAUUAAUUUGUUCCCCAUCUGUCACAAUUUACUAGAUAUUUAUAAAAUCAAAUAAGUUUAAAUUUAAAGUCAACAAAGUCCCCAAAGAA